AUGGCUCAGCCUAAUUCUAAGGAACCCACAAGUCAGAAUUAUAAAGUGAAGGGUUCUCACUCGAGGUCUUUAUAUCGACCAUUGUUUUCCACUAAUAAUGGCUUGUCCCCAUUAAGUCAUUUUCCCUGUAUUGAGUUGUUGGCUUUUUCAAACUAUAGUUUGAUGGAGGAAACAGAUGUUACUCGAGAGCCACCAGUUACUCCAUACUUUCCGAGGAAAAAUGUGUGGCAAGGUAGUGAUAGUCUUCUCCCGUGCAAAGGACAUCAACGUUCUAGCAGUGAUAUUCCAUUAAGAUUUUCGACUAUGAUUAAGUCUUCACCUCUAUUGGUGCCUACAAGUGGUUAG